GUUCUUUAGAGCGCCCUCUUUGUUUCAUGCAGUACAAUUAAUUGGAGUACGAUUACAAAACUGUUUUUCACCUUCCUACCUUACUCAAAGAAUUCUAGUGAUUUCUAGAUAAAUUUCAACAUGGCCGGCUCGAUUGUGCGUCAUAAUUACCAUGCAGAAUGUGAAGCUGCCAUCAAUAAAAUGAUCAACCAACAGUUUACUUCAUCCUACCUCUACGCUUCAAUGGCCUUCCAUUUUGAUCGUGAUGACGUUGCUUUAAAAGGAUUCCAUGAGUAUUUCAAAAAUCUCUCAGAUUCGAAGAGGAAUCAUGCCAUGAUGCUACUGAAGUAUCAGAAUGAGCGCGGAGGACGUAUCAUGCUCCAAGAUAUCGCUAAGCCAAGUAAGAAUGAAUGGGGCUCGGGAAGUGAAGCUAUGGAGCAGAGCUUAGUAGCGGAGAAAGCUAGUAACCAACACUAUCUGAACUUAUACAACCUUGCUGAGAAAUAUGGAGACGAACAGCUUGCAGACUACGUUGAAGAUAACUUCUUGGAGUCUCAGACGGAACUGAUUAAGAAGAUCGGAGAUCACUUGUCGAACAUAUCAAGGGCUGGACCAGGAUUAGGAGAAUAUCAAUUUGAUCAAAAUUUGAGUUAAGAAUAAUGUAAGCUAGACUUACAUGUAAGUAUGAGUAUUAAUUUCAUAGCCAUCUGAGCAAGGAAUAAUGUACUAAGCUACACUUAGGUAGAUUUUAUAGGAGAGUUUCAGUUUGAUCACAGUUUGGGCAAAGUAUAAUGUAAGUAAAACUUUAGUAGACUUUAAAGGAGAGUGUAAGUGUGGUCACAAUCUGAGCAAAGAAUAAUGUAAGCUAGAGUUAAGUAGACUUUGAAUGAGAUUACCAAUAUGGUCAAUUUCUGAGCAACUUGAUAAUGUAAGCUGGACUGGAUUUCAGUUUGCACGUGCAUGUUAACACUUUGCGAAGGAUAUGGAUAUCAAAAGAAUAUGCUUUCAAUUGCUUUGCCACACUUGCGAUAGAUUCAAAUUAGACUCAAGUUGUAAUUGAUCUCAAAUUAUGUAGUUAAGAGAUGGGAAUUGUGAUCGGUCUCAAUAUGAGUUUGAUUAAAAUCAAUUGCUACCAUUUGUGACAUAGAAUCCUUGUUUAACUUUGCGCGCAUUGAUCUAGAUCUACAUGUAGAUCCUAUCCAAGAUUAGGAGACUAGGAACUUUACCAUGUGGAUCAAGAUCUUUGAUAUUAAUACCCAAAUUUUUAAAGGAAUUCAUACUCUGUUAUUAAGGGGUUCGACACUUUCAAAGGCUCAAGUGAAAUGGAUUGAUACCAAGUGCUGUCACUGUAUAUCAACACUUCAGUCUCUGGCCCGUAUUCUGAACACUGGCUUGAAUUAAACCCUGGUUUAAAGUUGUGGUUUAACAAAGGAGAUAACAGUACACAUCCAAUUUAUUAACUCAUUUGACACUCAAAUCAUUCAUAGUUAUCUGGGAAUGACGACUGAAGAAUUUUUCUUUAUUAUGAAAGUGAAAGGAAACAAAAUAGUAAACAUAACAAAGAUACAAUAUAAACAGAAUCUUUGAAUAUUUGGCUCCCCAUAAUUUUAGCACAGACUUAGACCUUGGUCUAAGUUAAACCUAACUUCAAAAUGUGGGCCUCUAUGUGUAGAAGAUUUAUGGAUAUUUUUGGUCAUGCAUCUCAGCACUAAUUCCAAACUGGUCUAUAGCAGAAUGAAAGCCCAAAGUACUGGAGUGCAGAUUAGAUAUAUUUACGUGAUAUUGAAGAAUUUUACACGCGAGGCAAGAUUUUGAGUACUUGAAUAAUACAUCCAUUUUGUAUGCUUCUUGUUUCCAUGUAGGUCUACCUCUGUGACUAGUAUUGAUAAAUGUGUGGACCUUUGGACCAGAUUUCAUGAAACCAAUAUCUGUGAUUUUCACUGACAACUGUUAUAAGCUACUGAAAUCCUUGCAUCUGAUUGGCUAAGAGCAAAUUUGUCAGUGGAAAUCACUGUUUAUUUCCUGAAACACUCCCCAAAAUUGGUUGUGAAAUCGGGUUAUUCAUGACAAAUAUUCCAUCUACAUCUAAUGGUGCUGCAUGCAUGUGCAUUUGUGCAUUUUGAUUGUGCCUUAACUUUGAUUACUGUUGGCCUAAAACAAUUGUAAGGUUGUCGCCCUCAUUAGCCCCAAAACGGAAAGUUGUUGGUUUGUAUAUCAUAAUAUGCGACAGUGCUCAAAGAAAAAUCAUGCAUGGGAUGAUUUAUUCAGGCAGUAAAACUCAAAACACAUACCGUUACAUGUAUUUAAGGGCUUUUUUUAAAGCCAUUUUCAAAUUUGAGCAAGUUCUUCGUCUAAUUCUGAUAUUUUUUCAUAUAAACAUUGCAUAAAUUGUAUAUUUUGGUUCUGCUUUAAUUUUUUUUUUUGGGGGGGGGGGGCAUUUUAUGGUCAGUUGGAUGAGGGCAAAAGAGUUUUUUUAUUAGGCCUUCUGUUAUCAGAGACACCACAACAUUUUAAUUCUCACCAACUCCUUAUGCCCCCAUUACAACGGAGGAAGUUCCCGCUACGUCCUUGAAAUUCCGAAAAAAAUGGCAGGGACGUAACGAUAACUUCCUUGUUUUCGAAAAAUAUGAAAUCGUCCCGUGCAUGCUACGUCCUUGAUACGUUCAUGGCGCGUUAGUGGUAUUCUUUCCGUGUCCGCUUCGUCUAUGUUACGUCGAUGGAGCUUUUAGUACGCGAUAAGAAGGUCCUUUGGACAUGCUCAAAGUCCACGUAGCGGAAAAUUUGUCUCCGGAGACCAUGCAGACUAUGCCACGUCAAUAACAGUUCUCGCUACGCUCUCAGUACGCUGCAGCAGUUCCCACUGCGUCAUGGCCAUUUUUCUUUGACGUAGCGAGAACUGCAUGGACGCAGCGUUGGUGUAAUGGGGGUAUUAACAAUGCAUGAGGGUCAAUUGAGGCUUCAGGCGAUAGAUAGCUGAUUGUUAGUAUUUGUAUCAAUGACGCAAUUUACAUCAUUGCAAUCAUGAUUUCAUGAUUAAACCAUUUCUGUCUGUGACAACUUGAAUCAGGUAUGAGAAGAAUUGCAGCUAUUUGAGAGUUUCAGGUUAGUAAUUUUUUUGUCCAAAAUGUUACAACUUCAUGUAAUCAAUCAUUAAGUAUGUGAUUUACCUUGUUAGUAUUUGCUUGAGACAUCUUGAUAUAUAAGCGACCCUGAUCCAUUACAGUAUUUUGAAAUGCAGUACAACAUCAUCAUUGUUUCUAUAACUUGUUAUUAUUGCACCAGAUCUAAUUUGCUUCAUAAGUGUUCUUUUGUGUAUUUGUGUAGGUGAUUUUUUUUUUUUUCAUUGCAUGGUUAAAUGUUAAAGAAAGACUUUGCUUUUCCUUUUAAUAUAGAAAUGUCAGGCAAUCAAACCAAAUCAACUGUGAAUUUUUUUUAGAAAAAAGUAAGUAGUAGUUUUGGUUGAGAAUAUGACCAAUGAGGCCAAGACAAUUUGGGCAUUUUUCUAGUGACAGUGAUCUUUCUAGUUAUAUAUGUAAUAUGUUUUAGCUAAUAAUUAUUCAUCACUCCAUGAAUAAAGCUUAAUUGUAGUGGGGAAAGUUGAAAAAGAAAAUCAGUUGCACUUUAGGUGGUUUCCACUUGUUUUAUUCCCCAAACCUUUUUUUAAAUAUCCGUAUUUCAAAAAUGUGAGCCUGAUUGAUACUGAAGCCGUUCAUUGGAGUCCAGUAUUACAAUCAGGAUUUCUGGGCCCCGUCUUACAAAGAGUAGCGAUUGAUCUGAUCAAUCGCAACUAUGGAAAGCCAGCAACAUCAACAUCUAAAAUACUUGUUUGUUCAAAAUAUUUUCUAGCAAUAAUGCAUAUUCAUACAUUCACUGUUUUCUUGACAAUUCAGUAUGCUUCUCUUUGUUUUCAAAGGACACUAGGCAAAUUUCCGAAAGAGAAAAUUACGACAUUGAUGGAUUUCCAUAUAUUUGAGAUUGAUCGCAUCAAUCAUAACUCUUUGUGAGACGGAUCCCAGGAAUUGUUAUACUUUAUUUUCCUUACACAUGAUGUAGGCUGUAUUAUGCUGAAGAUAAUAUUCAUCUUAAUAUAAUCUUGGCAUCCUUAUUUAUUCUUAAUGAACCUCUGAAGAUACCCUUUUUUCUAUUUAAACCAGGUUUUCAUGGUUUUGAGAACAGACAAUGUGCAGUAAAUACAUCAUUUUAUACUCCGAUUGUAAAGUGCAUUAUCCGUUCUAGAUCUCCAUCAUCCUUAAAUGCUGAAGACAAUAUGAUCUAAAUGGACUGCAGGGGAGCGUUUCAUGAAAGGACUUGUCAGACAUUAUAUCCGACAGUUACCGUAGUAACAUUGUAUAUCAGCCAAUCAAAAUCAAGGAAAGAUGUCAGAUCUGACAACAUGUCGGACAAAAAUGUUUAUGAAACGCUCCCCUGAUGAUCAUCUCAUUUCAUUUUAUUUUAUUCUAUUUUCAAGGAUAUAAUCAGGGUAUUGAUCAUAUUCUAGUAAUUACCUACAUCAUGUAGAAAUGUAUUAUCAUAUGAAAAUAACACUCACCUUGAUGUGGCAGACUUGAAACAGUCCGUUCUUAUAAUGGAAACAUGUUCACAAGCUGAACGCAUAUAUGUCCAUUCGAUUGAAUACAUUUUGUGUCUUUUCCAAGUGCUAGGAUCCAAGAGCUUUCACUCAUCUUAAAUUGUAAUUUAACAAGUAUUAUUACUCAAAAGAAGCAAUGCAAAUGUUGACGUUGCUAGUUAAGGCAUGCCAUUAUUUACAGGUACGUUUGGUCUCAUUUGUGCAUUCCAUAAAUGCAUUAUAUGUGAAUGAAUGUUUUGUUCAUUAACCAGGGGUGUGAGAGUUAAGAUUUUUAUCUGAUUUCAGAUUUUUUUCGUUUUGAUUUUCAGCUUAAUUUCAGCUUAUUUUUGGCUUUCCUCUUUACAAAAAGUAUGGGAGCUCUUUCUAUUUCAGACUUUUUCCUACAAGUUUCAGCUUCUUUCAGAUCUUUUUAUUUGUGACAACUCACACCCCUGAUUAACCAAUGUGUACAGUGUACUAGUAAAUGAUGAUACUUUUGUACACUAAGGUACUUAAUUAUUUGUAAAUCAUGUUGCCAUGUCGGUUGUUAUUAUUGCAGCAUACACAUCAUAACCUUACUUGCCUCUGGGUAAAUAAUUAUACUGUUUAUUUACCAGUUUUGAAAAAUACUGGUGUUUCUAGAUAGGGCAGAACCAUUUUAUACAGUAUUCUCCUUUUGAAAAAAUCUCCAGGUAUUUAUAACUGUGUGCUUUUGAAUUCCACAUCAUUCACUUUGAAAGGAUUGCUUUCAAGGUCACAUGUUCAUAAUUGUAAUUGUAUUCUCGAAGGUGUGUGCAGGUUUUGGCAAAGAAAUUAUUUCAUGUAUUGGACGUAUUCUUCCCAACAUACAAGUUAGUGUCAGUUAAAAAGUGCUCUGAUAGCUUUAAGUGUGCUUGUUUGUGGAAAUGGCUUAAUUUCAGUUGGUAUUUACUUGUGCUUUUUUACAGCUACCCUAGAUGUUAAUGCAAUGUAUUCAUUUAUUCAACCCAGUGGUUUCUUUGGUUUUUGUUUUAUAAUGUAUUUUGCAGAGCCCUUGCAAAUUUGGGUGAAAAUUUGAAAUUCUAAACAUACAUUUAAUGCAUCUUUUAUUCAUUUUGUCAGUUUUAUCAAAAAUAAUCACUGACCCUCCCAAAUUGACAAUGCAAUGCAGCUCUCAUAAUCAAUGUUUUACAAGCACAUUGUCCAAUCCUAAGUUGAAGUCAUUUUGGCAAUCCCUACAUGUAUUUGUCUACAUAUGGACAUACAGUCUACUUUUCUUUUCUUUUUUUACUGCUUUAUCAUUACAAUACUUUGAAUCAUACCUUGUUUUGAGAAUUCUUAUAGUAUUUAAGUACGGACUAAAAAUGCGUUUUAAAUGUUGUAAAUGCAGAUUUUUGACAGCUUCCUGGGUUGCAAGAGAGUACACACAUUUUGACAAGUAUUGACUUAAUGCACUUAAUUUCAUUUUGUUUUUGUAUUCAUAUUUGUGUUGUUGUUACUACCAUACAUUCCAUUUAUGUACAAGGUACAAAUCAUGAAAAUCAAAUUUUCUUCAAAAGCCUUGAAUUAUUGUACACACCUAUUUGCUUUAUUAGUUGCAAUGUAAAAUUCAAAAUUCAACUCCAAACUGUGGGCUCUUUGAUUGAUUGAAAAUCAAGUUGCAAUUGAUACUUUGAUUGCAACCAGUUCUGCAGCAAGCCCUUUUAGGCAGAAAUCAUGAUUAUGUAUGCCCCCCCCCCAUUUUGCUUCAUUGUACCAUGUAUUGAAAGUUCAGUCAAUGUGAUUUUAUAGUUGUUCAUGUAUUAGGCUGUGCAUACCCAUUAUCAAUUCAACCCAAUUCAACCUUGAUCCAAAGGCUAAAUUAUCAUACAGAGUAUAAAUGAUCAUUGUACAACAGGACCUAAAUAGGACUGUAAUUAUUAUUUUGGGUUUGGUCUUUAGUUGGAAUUUUGGUUUAAGAAAAUGUGUGAAUUAUUUGUUCUCAACUAUGGAAAGCCAGCAACACUGCAAUUAGUUUCUAAAGAAUUUUUGUACACACUAUGCUUCUGGUUAAAAAGAAGCUUGAAUUCAUUAAAUUGGUGCAUACAUGAAUGUAUGUUCUCUCAACACAUGUAUUCUGUGGCAUAUUCAUUGAAAAUUAUGAAUUAUGGUGUUCCUUGCCUUCCAUAGUUGAUUACUGUGAAUCAACGCCUCCCAGGAGUAUUAAUGUGAGAAUGCAAAAUUGUACAAAUAAUCCUCUCAGGGGAGAUAACUCAUCAAAAAAGUAUUCUCAUUAAAGUGGGGAAAUAAAUGUUGCAUAUUGGAUGCAAA